GGGUGGUGGCAGGGAACCUGGGCAGGCAGAACUGGACAGGUCAAGGCUCGGACCCCAGAGCCUUGGGAGCAGAAGGUACUGGGCUGAGGUGUUCCCCAAUGCCUAAAGGUGAACUGGGAGGCAUCUGAAUGGACUCCCCUCCCUGGGAUCUGAGAAGGGGAGAUGCCAUCCUGCCCAUCAUGGUGAGCCCGGGCACUGGGGCCAUCCCACACGGUCACCUCACCGAGGUCAGCCUGCACCCUGUUGAAUCCAUCAGCGACCUGCACAAUGGAGGGACCCUGCAUCCCUACCUACCUGAUGACCCAGCCUCGCAGCAAUGGGAGGAGCUGAUGGGCAUACUGCCCCCGUCGCUUUGUGUCCAGGCUGGCUGUAACCCAGCCCAUGGGCGAGGGGCCUUCUUGUUACUGCUGGCGCUGCUCAUCCUUACCUGCCUCGCCCUUGCCAUCCUGGCUGUCUACCUGAGUGUGCUGCAGAGCGAGUCCCUGCGAGUCCUGGCCCACACGCUGCGGGUGCAGGAGGAAACGCUGCUGAAGCUACGGCUGGCCAGCCUCAGCCAGUGGCGAAGGCUCAACACCAGUGAAGCUCGAGGCCUCAGCUGAGGGAAGGCCUGACCUCUGACCUCCACACCCUCUGCUCCCACAAACGGCUCUGUCUGGGGACUCGGUGCUCAAUGGGGACAGAAGGAGGGCAAGCCCUCCCUCUCCCCCUCCUUCAGUGUGGCCUAGAUUUAUACACCCCAGACACAACCUCCUCAUUUAUAAGUUUCUUUCUACAAAACAUUUUUAUAUAUCAAUAAAUGGUAC